AAUCUUCACCGGAACUUUUACGCUUUCCUUUUCUCAGUCCAAGAAAUUAUGGAAGAGAAUGGCCGUCAUCCGAAUACACUGAACAACUCCGACGAAGACACUGAAAGCCCUCUUGAUUCUCAAUCAGGGUAUGAGAAGUACCUGCUUGGAUUCGUAUUAUGCCAAAUCGUAGGUAUUAAGCAUUACAAUGGAAAAAUCAGCGGCAGGGAGAUGGUGGCUUUGGUAAGAGAGCCUCUGAAUGCUUUCGACCCCAACGCGAUUAAGGUACUCAAUACGCGGAUUAUUCAGGUGGGUUAUAUAGAGAAGAUAAUCGCGUCUGUUCUUGCACCGCUAAUCGACCAGAAUCUGAUUACAGUCGAAGGCAUCGUUCCCAAUUUUGCGAAGGGAGGAGUUGCGAAAUUUAAACUCCCGGUUCAAGUGCACAUCUUCACGCGACGUGAGGAGUUCAACACGGUUCGAUCAGAACUUUCGAGAUGUGGGUUACAGUUAAUAUCUCAAAAUGAUGCUGGGUUUGGCUUGUCUGAGGCGGUAGUGGUGAUGGAGAGAAGUAAAGGGAAGAUACUGCAACAGGUGGAUGAGAUAUUCAAACUGGUGAACGAGGAAAUAAGGAAGAGAGCGCUAGAGAAAUUGGAACCGCCACAUGAUAUAAUCAAAUCGGAACUCCUCCCUCAUCAGAAAGAAGGUUUGGGAUGGUUAGUUUACAAAGAAACUUCAAACGAAUUGCCUCCUUUUUGGGAGGAGAAAGAUGGGCUUUAUGUUAAUGUAUUGACAAACUAUCAGACCAGUACGCGUCCCCAUCCUUUGCGAGGCGGAAUCUUAGCAGAUGAUAUGGGAUUGGGUAAAACUCUAACUUUACUUUCUUUGAUUGCUUUCGAUAAACAACCAACUAAAAAUUCAAGAAAGAGACAGAAGGUAGAAAAGAAGAGUUUGAAAACAACUCUGGUUGUUUGUCCUCCAUCUGUAAUUUCAACAUGGGUAACUCAAUUAGGAGAUCAUACCAAACCAGGAAGCAUGAAGAUGUAUAUGUAUUAUGGUGAAAGAACUGAUGAUCCUAAAGAACUUCAAAAAUAUGAUAUUGUUUUAACAACAUAUGCAACUCUAGUUUCUGAAGAAACUUGGGAAGAAUCACCCAUAAAGAAGAUUGAAUGGUGGCGGCUUGUAUUGGACGAAGCACAUGUAAUUAGGAAUUACAAAACUCAACAGAGUCGCGUUGUUGCUAACCUGAAUGCUAAGAUGAGGUGGGCUGUCACCGGAACACCAAUACAGAAUGGGUUUUUUGAUUUGUUUGCUUUCAUGACCUUUUUAAGAUUCGAGCCAUUUUCAAUAAGAUGCUAUUGGAGGAGGUUGAUUUCCAGACCACUUGCUCAAGAAUUUCAAUUGGGACUCACUCGUUUGCAGACUUUGGUAGCAACAUUGAGUUUGAGGAGAACAAAAGAAGGAAGCUUAGAUGGAUUGCUGCCAGAGAAGUCCAUAGAGACUUGCUUUGUUGAACUUUCUUCUGCAGAAAGAACGUUGUACGAUCAGUUGGAAGCUGAAGCAAGGGUUGUUGUCUCAAGCUAUAUUAGUCCAAGUAGAGUAACAAACAAUUAUAUGAAUGUACUCAGUGUAAUCUUACGCCUACGCCAGAUUUGUAUAGAUGUCGCAAUGUGCCCUGCAGAUCUCAAACUGUUGCUCCCAUCUGAAAUAGAAGAUGUGAAGAACAAACCAGAAUUACUAAAAAAGAUGGUUGCAUUUUUACAAGAAGGGGAGGAUUUUGAUUGUCCCAUAUGUAUGUGUCCGACAACAAACAUGAUCAUCACGUGUUGUGCCCACUUAUUUUGUAAAGCCUGCAUCUUGAAAACACUAAAGGAUACUAGACGCGCUUGUCCAAUGUGCCGUCACCCUUUAUCAGAAUCAGAUCUCUUUUCGGCUCCCCAAGAUGUCUCAGACAACAAUGGGCCUAUUAAGGUUCCGAAUUCCAAGUUGUCGUCAAAGGUUUCUCAACUGCUAAAACUUCUAAUCGAAUCUAGAAACGAGAACCCUUCAAGGAAAUCGGUUAUCUUUUCCCAGUUUAGGAAAAUGUUGAUAAUGCUUGAAGAACCGUUGAGAGAGGCCGGUUUUAAGUUCUUACGUUUGGAUGGGUCUAUGAAUGCGAAAAAGAGAGGCGAGAUUAUAAAAGAGUUCUCGAUGGUGGGCGGGGCGACGGUUUUGCUUGCGAGUUUGAAAGCUUCGGGUGUGGGAAUAAAUCUGACGGUUGCUUCUCGUGUGUAUUUUCUUGAACCGUGGUGGAACCCUGCAGUGGAGGAGCAAGCCAUGGAUCGGGUUCAUAGGAUUGGACAGACCGAGAAGGUUAAGGUUGUUCGACUGAUUGCGAAAAAUACCAUAGAAGAGAGGAUGGUGAAGUUACAAGAGGUUAAGAAGGAUGGUGCUAGAGAAGCAUUUCAAGAUGGAGGGGGGAGAAUUAAGAAUGAUCAUAUUCGAUUGCUAUUCUCGUUAAAAUGAGAAUUAGAAGUUGGCCCUUUUGAUAUUUUGCCUUAUGUGAGACUCUUUCUUUGGUAACUUGAAACAUGAAAACUAAUGGACUGAAGUCUCUUUUUUUUGUUGUUGUCUUUUUAUCUUGGAUGGGGAGAUAGUUGAAUGA